AUGAUGUAUUCGCAGGAAGCUGUAGGCUGCCAACAGCAGGUGGUUGAUGCGGUGUGUACAUGGGACCCGAGCUUGAAGGAUGAGAUAGAGGCGGUGCUAGAGUGGAUGGACCCGAAUGACGACCACAAUAACCACCAGAUGCGGCCGCCGAGCCUGCGGAUCAAGAACAGCAUCCGGCUGCUCCGGUUGGGGGAGCAGGCGCCAGGGACGACGGUUGGGCUGCUCCGGCAGUGCGCAGUGUCGCAGAUGCGGCAGCACUUUUUCCGACACUGGGAGCGCUUGGAGCAGUACACAGACAUGGUGAAGUUGGAGAGGUACUACGAGUUCCCGCUCCGGUACGUGGCGGUGUUUACGGAGGAUGAGGUUGCAGCAGAGCUCGUGGGGCUUCGGAAGUACUUGUUGAACGGGAACCCGGGGUUCCGGGCGAACAUGGAGGCGCGGAUCCGGGCGCUGAUCCUCCAGGACGACGACUUCGAGACGGCCGCGCGGCUCUACAAGUGGAUCGUGCAGGGGCUGGGGCACCCGAUGGUGAAGUUUGUGAUUGAGGUGCUCACGCAGAAGAUCGCGCUCUUCUGCCGUAACCGGAUGGACGGCAACGUGGACCAACGCUAUCUGAUCAUGGAGGUAUUUAACAGUUUCAUUGCGCGCUGCUGGGCGCAGUUCAUCCAGCUACUCCAGUUCCCGACCGCGGACGACCCCGAGCUCAACAACCUCAUCUACCGUUGCUUCGAGAAGAAGUUUAUUGAGCUCAAAACGCAGGAGCUCUUUCAUCAGAUCAUCCCGAAGUUCCCGAUGUCCAAGCCGGCGCUCUUGGAGAUGAAGAGCGUGAUUAAGGGCGACACGGCCGAGUUGGACCGGCUUGUCGCCCAGAUAUACAACGACUUUCACAAGGAGCUUUUGGUUCCGAGCGUGACGACAGUCGAGAUACUUUUGUACUACGUCAAGACGAUCAAGUGCCUCAUGGUAGUGGAUCCGACCGGUCGCUCCAUGAACCGCUUCACCUCGAAGUUAAAGCCCAAGAUCAAGGAGCGCUCCGAUUUGAUCAUCUCGGUGCUCUGUGCGAUCCUGGAGCUCGACAGCGACGAGAUACAUGAGGUUAUCUCCAAGAAUACGUUGACCGAGAACCCCCAGCUUCUCAGCCAGCUCUCAAAGGAGCUCAAGAACAGCACUGCUCUAACAUUCCACUCCAUGAGCACGAGCAAGGGCAAAGCAGCAAUCUACUCUGUGGCGUUCGAGCGGCAGGACCAGCUCGUGAAACAGUUUUUGGAAUGGACCCCGGAGCCCGGUCCCUUCACCGCCGACGAUGCCAAGGCCCUCAACAGCGACGACGAUGGCGCCGAGACGCUCGAGUUGCCGAAGGACGUGCUCGAGGUGGUUUUCCAGGUUUUUGACUCCCCGGAGGUCUUGAUCAACGAGUUCAUCCAGCUUGUCACCAACCACAUGCUCCAGAUGGACGGGUACGUGCUCAACGCCAAGUGGUCGCAACUGUUGAAGACCGUCAUGAAGAAGUAUUUUAAGAACAACAAGCAGGUGUUGAAGUCGAUGUGCGAGGAGUCCAACCUUGUCAACGUCUUUGUCAUGUGGAGCGAUCUCGAGAAAAGCGCCACCUUCCAGACGUGGAGCACCAAGCUACAGCUCGUGCCGCCCAACGUCUACCCCAAAAUCAUCUCCUACUUGUACUGGAAGAUCGGCCGCCGCAGCCCCUACGGCGACUACGCCGUCGCCCCCGGCCUUGCUGCCAUCUUCGACCAGAUGGAGAAGGCCUUCGAGACACGCUCCCCGGGCCGGAAGUUGCGUUUCCAAAAGGACCAGGGUUCCGUCGACCUCCAGCUUGUCUUCGAAGACGGCCGCCACUGGUCCAGCCGCGUCUCGCUCCCAAAGUAUACCGUCAUUGACCUUUUCCAGCGACAGGCCUGCCCGUUGUCUGUCACCGACAUUGCCGCGCACACCAACAUGUCCCCCCGCCUCGUAGAGGACAUAAUUCAGUUCUGGUGCCACGAGCACGUGCUCCAUCUCAACAAGAAUGACCUCUACGAGAUCCUUGAGAACCACAACUCCGCCAUUGCCUCGCGCCAGUCCCAGGCGUCAGUCCCGGCCUUCCAUCCAGUGUCCAGCGCCUACGCCACGUAA